AUGGCGUUGUCUAAUCUGUGUGGGGUGGAGGCUGCUAUGGUCAUCUUCUGUCCAGAUGAUGAACCAGCAUUUUGGCCUUCUAAGCCAGCGGUGGAACAACUAUUCAGGAGGUAUGAAGAGAUCCCUGUUAUGGAGCGAAGCAAGAAGAUGUUGAAUCAAGAGAAUUUCCUGAGGGAGAGGAUCGCCAAGAUUAGAGAACAGACAAGGAAGAGCCUGAAGAGGUCUCUAGAGAUGGAGAUGAAUGACCUCGUAUAUCAGAUUGUUAACGGGAAUCAAAUGUAUGAACUUCCCAUUAGUGACCUGACUAAUGUGAUGCGGUUCUUGGAAGAGAAGAACAGUGAAGUAUGCAAAAGGGCCCAACAUCUUCAUGAGUUUCCUCCCCUUUCCGGGAAUGGUACUUCAUCAUCACCGUCUCUUCCUCCUGGCCUGAUCUCUGCUCCGGAAGGGGCAGCCCCAUCGGGAGGCCUUGAUACAGAGGGAACCGGUACCAUCGACAAGCCUAUGAGCAAUAAGUGGAUCAUUGAUAAGAGCUUGGUUAACAAUAUUGCUGGUAACAGUGGUUGA